AUGACGUUUCUCACUGAGGCUUGGUUCUGGAGGGGCACCCAAUCGGCCUUGUUUUACUACGUCUCGUGCGCGCCGUACACCAAAUACGCUGAACGACGCAAAAAGAAAACAGAGGCUAAAGGAGCUAGAGAGGAGAGGAAAGAGAAUGAAAAGCUAGGGAUAUUCCAACAUCCUCUGCCUUCAGAGCGGAACCCCGGUUGGAAUGAGGAGAUUCGUGUGGGGCCCGGGCCCCCACCAAACCGGAUGACAAAAGCCGAAAAGAAAAAGCGACGUUUGUUGAAGCUGAAACCGCCUGGAGCCAGAGAUAUAGAGUCUGCAGGAGAUAGUAGUACCGCUACUGGUGUCACGAGUGUGGGACCAGGCGAUGAGGCAGCAACUUCUCAAGACAUCAGCCGUUCCAGCGAAGAAGGAUGGAAUCGCAGGCGAUAUCAGCGAGAAGACGAGUUAUUGUGGGGCAGAAUGGAUGAGGAUUUGGCAUCCUCCAACAGCUUCUCACGUGUUUCAAGCUCUGCCAGAGGCAGUGGGACAUAUUACUGCGCACGUAACCCUGAGGUCAAUGAACUUCAUCCUCCAGUGGUGAGUACACAACCUACGUCGAAAGCAGAAAUCCAAUGGAUGUUGCAACCGCCUCCGAAAGCCAAAGUAAUGGCGGGCAAAGAAAGAGAGAACAGAAGCAGAAGUGGAAGCGGUACGAGUCAUGGGAGCAGCGUUGGGAGCAGAGCCAGUUCGCGACGGGGUGGUGAAAAUCUUGGUCGUAGGAUUGGAGAGAAGAUUAUGGAAGAGAAAAUGGCGAAGGACGGUCAUUUACAUCCCACAAUGGCUUCCAAUUCGAUGAGCAGAAUCAACACGAGCCGCAGCACCCUCUCCUUCACAUCAGCAUCUACAUCCAAGGCUGGACAAAACCACGAUAGAGACUUAUCACGGGACAAAGCAUCGAUAGACUCCCUUGAAAUGUCACAGCUGAAUGGUAAUGCUUCUUACUUUCCAGCAUACCCACCAGAUCAUUUUCUCGCUCCUAACGCAGCCGCUCGUCCGCAACUACCAAGCAUACCAUCGGCCUCCAGGGACGGCACAAGCCUUAUACCCCGACCUCGACCUGCCCUUCUAUCCACUGCGAGCGACUCCUCCCUACGCACGCUCCAGGCCCUCAUGCCGAACUCACCGCUCGUCAAUAGCCAAGGGAGCCAUGGCAUAGGACCAUCUCUAGAAAUUGCUAGAUCCAUUGGCCUGCCACUCAGCCCACGUGAGAAGCACGAUCAGGAGGACAUUCUGCAAGUCGAGAACUGGCAGCCUGAACUCGAUCCAUCAGAUAGAUGGAGUCUACCCAUCCCGAACAUAGCCCUGCCGUUGAAACAGAGAUGGAGCAUGGAAACAUAA